UUAAACGAUGACAGUGACGUUUACUUAUAAUUAUGAAUCAUUAUAUUGUUGUGAUUAAUCCUUAAUUAAAAAUUGUUAAAAUGCCAGACAAAAUUAAUAGUGAACCAAUAACGAGAAUCAAUCGGCCAAAUACUAAUGUCAAUCAUAGAAAAAAUACACUAGAAAACUUCUUGAUAAAACCUUCUCCUCCCCCUCCUAGGACACCAAGGUUUAUUUCUGGUACAGCAAUACCAAAUUCCACAAUAAAAAGUAGUUUGUUGAAAGUAAAGCCCAAUGCAAAUAAAUCAAUAUUAUUACCGCAAUUAGAUAAUCAACUGCUACGAGAUGGUAAUAGACAGCUAAGUCCUGCUGUAUCAUCAACAUCAACUGACUCAAAUCUGGGUUCUUCCACAGGAUCUACAUGCAGUCCAAAUAUAACUGAACUUAAAGAUAAGCAAAAGCAGUUGUAUGUGUCGUCACUAAAUAUGAAAAAGAACAAUACGCCAUUCGAAACUCGAAAACCUACAAUGGAAUCAAUUAAAAUGGCAAUUGAAAAAACUAAACAACUUCAAAUCAACCGUCACAAAAUUGUUGCAACGUCAGUUCAAUCGGUGAAUGAUGCUUCAACAUCUACCGCUGCACGCAAAAGAAAAAUGAAGAAAAAAGUGAUGCCAAAGACAAACACUCAAAAUGGGAUUGUACGCAGUAACAAAAACUCAAAUAAAAGUAAAAAAGGUGAAACUUCAGAAAAAGUUUCAUUUAAAAAUAAAAUAAAAUAAACUAUAAUCAGGA